GGCUUGCUGCUCAGCCUGUGGUGCUGACUACACUCCCUCUGUCUCUCUCCCUCUUCUCUCACUCUGUCGCUCCCUCGCUUUGCUUCCUCACACAGUCUCUCGUGCCCUCAUUCCUCCACACUCCUGCAGACAUGGCUGAGGCUUUCGUUGGCACAUGGAACCUCAAGGAGAGCGAUAAAUUUGAUGAAUACAUGAAGGAGCUGGGUGUGGGCUUUGCUACACGUAAGGUGGGCGUCAUGACCAAGCCUACCACCAUCAUCUCAGUGGAUGGUGACAUGGUGACGUUGAAGACCCAGAGCACAUUUAAGAACACAGAGCUCACAUUCAAACUGGGAGAGGAGUUUGACGAGACCACCGCUGAUGACAGGAAGGUUAAGUCCUUUGUAUCAAUAGACAAUGGGAAGAUGGUGCACGUACAGAAAUGGGACGACAAAGAGACCACACUGGUCAGGGAAGUCAAAGACAAGGUCCUCACACUGACGCUUACAAUGGGAGAUGUCGUUUGCACGCGUUCCUACGAGAAGGCAGAGUAAACCCCCCAACACCGAGUACCCGCAAGGUCUACUUGCAUCAGCUAAAGCCCUGCACCCCAAACUCGUUAGCAACCCCUCGUAUGGCUGCUGCAGAUUCCCCUCAAUGUCCCGUCAUACGCUCAAUAUUAACAUUACUGCUGACUGUGACCUCCCCUUUCUCGCUGUCCUUCUCUUUAUACUGUUGUUCCUUCUACUGUAAGAAACACUGAAUAAAUUCCAAUGAUUUGUUGUCGUUUUCUUUCUCUAAAAUUCCAGGUCUGCAAUUUUUUUUUUUAAAGAAAAUGUGUUAUGCAUGGGGCCUAUGAUAAACCUGGAAAAGUGUUUGAAUUUUAAAGUUUGCCUUUUGCGACCUGAAAAAUAAAGUGUCUACACUGUUAAACUGGUAAAA